AUGGCAACCAAGGCAGCAAGGACAAGGAGGAUGGCGGAGGUGCCGCCUUCUGUGAGCAGGAACUGGGCGGCGUCGGCACCACAGUGGUGUGAAAUCUCGCGGCUGGUGGCGUGCCAGACGGCGAGGAGCUUGGAGGCGAUGGCGGUGGGCCCAGGCACGCGGCGGUGGUCACUGCGGAGCUUUAAGAAGACAAAAAUCAGCAGGCAGGUGAGGGCACCGACGGCUGAGAUGUUGAUGAGGUAUUGGAUGUUGCCGUACCACGCAUCGUCCAGGGCUCCGUCUCCGUCUCCUCCGGCGGGGGAAGGAGGCGGGGGGAGUACGGCGUUCGCGAUAGAUGACGGUGCCGGCGAGGAGGCCAUGGCGUCGACUAGAAGGGGGAGGGCAAGGUUUUUGAAUCGGACUAUCAUAAUUGAACCUGAAGGAUUCGAAUUGUUGAUCGGAAUUAAAAAGAAAAAAUAUGUAAUGAUCAACUGUACAUCUGAAAGGUCUAAUAUAUUGAAGGAUUAG